AUGUUUAUUUCAUUAUUAGCUAUCUUGGCAUUGUCUGCCAUUAUGAAUAAUGAAUUUAUUAACGCAAUUGACCAAGCUGGACGUGAUGCAGUAGUUUAUUGGCACAAUUAUUUCCGUGCUGAACUAGUUGCAGGAAGGGUUAAAAAUAAAACUGGAGAGUUACUACCAAAAGCUAAAGAUAUGAAAAAAAUGGAAUUUUCUUUAGAACUUGAAAAGCAGGCACAGGCUUGGGCCGAUAAAUGCACUUAUAGUCAUUCGGACCCAUAUGGGAAUUAUGGAGAGAAUUUCUAUGCUUAUGCAAGAAUGGACAAUGAUUCUGCUGCCAUCGAGUAUGUAGUAAAAGGAUGGUGGUCAGAGUUGGAAUACAGAGGAGCUUUGGGACCUUAUCCUGGCCAAGACUGCGUUGCAUUUGAUGCACCUCAAAAUAAUAGAGGUAUUGGACAUUGGACACAACUUGCCUGGUAUAACACUAGGGUUGCCGUUUUCGAGUCGGGCCGACGGUCGAGGCAUUUUUUUUCGGGCUUGUUUUUAUCGAGUCGGGCCGGUACGAGUCUUUUUCGGGCCUUACUUUAUCGAGUCGGGCCGAUACGAGUCUUUUUCGGGCCUAACUUUAUCGAGUCGGGCCGGAACGAGUCACUUUCGGGCCUGACUUUAUCGAGUCGGGCAUCGAGACAUUUUCGAGUCUUUUUUUAA